AGCUCAUAAAACUGGAAUGUCACCACUGAAUACACUCAUACAGUAGUAUCACUCACUGAAGGAUGAAGUUUACUGUUUCGAUCUUGUUUUCGUUGGCAGCCGUGGCCUCUGCCGGCCUUAGAAGGCCAAGGGCCAGAGCUUUGUCAAAACGUCGCCGUCUCACAGGAGCUUACGUGGAAGUCGAGUACAUUCUGGCAGAAACCAUGAAGGAGCAAGUGGGGAUUAUCAACCAAAUUGGUAUCAAGAAAAUUGAGGAGUCAUGGAUGUUGCAGGAUGAGGCUGCAGAGGAAUUUGCGACCCCGCCCGAGGACGAACCCUAUUUGGAAAUGAGCGACUGGACGACGUUUGACUUGGAGAUGGAAAUACUGGAGAUGGAAACGAUGGCUGAGGACAUGACCAUUGCUCUUGUUGAGAAAAUUGGUGUGCCUGAUCACGCUACGUCUUUGCUCAAUGUUGUCAAAGACCAACAGGCCAUAAUCAGUCUAGAGAUUCACGAUCUUGCUGGUAGGUGGGAGGAAAUGCACGAGUCUAGGCGUCGCCGUCUCUCGGAAGCCUACAUCCCAGUAUCUUACGUCCUGGAGGAAACCAAUAAGGAACAAGUUAUGAUUUUGGAACAAAUUGACCAUAUGAAGAGCGAGGAAGACUUUAUGCUCAUGCCUGAAGGAGAUGAGGGAGGUGUCCCACCAGAAGAUGGGUUAUAUGCCACCAAAGAUGACUUUCAAGAGAUCUGGAAUCUAGAAAUGGAGAUAUUAUCUAAAGAAGCUGAGGUCGAAAGCAUCGCAAUUGAAAAGGCCGUGGGAAAGGGCGCCGAUGGCUGCUUGUUGACGGUGGUCCAAGACCAGCAAGCCAUGAUCGAGGCAGAGCUUGCGGCCUUGAAUGCCGUCUGGGUAGAAAUUCCAAGUGGCGAAAGCGAAGAUUCGUCCGAAAGCGAAGAUUCGUCCGACAGCGAAGAUAGUGGAGAUGGUGAUGCCUCUGAGUGAGCUCAGCAUGUGCCGAGGAUGAGAUCAAUGCAACUAUUUGUGGAAGAACGAACGAACCGAACAUCGAAACAAUGAAAACGAAACCAAAAGACAUGCAUAGUAGCAUUGUGAGAGGAAGGCUUUCUUGCAGCUCCAACGUGACGCAAUUCUUUAGAGGUUAAAGGAAGCAAAAUGUGUUAAUCCUCA